AUGGAGGAUUUUGUACUCGUCCAUCUUGUCCCAUUGAUCGAUGAUCAGGCUGUGAAAACAAGACACAGCAGCAACAAUGAGCAUGAAUCAAUGAGGGAACUUCUCGAGAAGAGCAUUCUUUCCUUCACUCAUCAAUUUAUUGAUCUACAAACUCAACUCGCCUCUUCACUCAUUCCCUAUUUGAAUCAUACGGAACAAGGGAUUCAUUCAUUGAUCUCCUCCUCCAACCCUCCACAACAAAUCUCUCCAAUUGUUCUCAAUACUUUACAUGUCAUAUGCCGAGUCUUGAUGCUAAAAGUUCGAUCUGAUGAUUUUUGGCAAUUUUUUCAUCAUGAUGAUGAGGUUCCGAACCAUGAUCAUGACAAACAUUGGUUGAAAAAUCAUCAUUCCGACAAGAAUGAAAUACAAGAAGAAGAAGAACAACAAAUACCUCCCAUGUGCAGUGAACUUGAAAUUUCAAAUCGCAAUAUUUCAUCCUCUCUCAUCAUUGUUGAGACUUGUUUUUUGUAUUUCAUUCAACAACUUUUCAUUCAAGAGUCACAAACGACCACUACUGAUGUUCAUGAUUCAACAAGACACGAAGGCAACUCGAGCAAUCAGUCAUCAUCAUGGAAGCAAUUAUUAUUCACCGGAAAAUAUUUACAAUUUGCCUUAUUGACCUUUCUGAAGUAUGAAUUCUUACACAAAUGUCAAACAUUGGGAGAAGAGAAGGCGAUUGAAUUAUUCAAUAUGAAUGGGAUAGAACAAGAAAUUACUGAACGACUUGAGACAUUAUCUGACAUGACAGCAUCAAAGAAUACGUCAAAAAAGACCUCGAAAUUUCCUCUUAAAAAACAAAUUCACAUUUGCGAAUUCAUAUUUAAACUUUUAUUAAUUUUACCAAUGAGAUCGAGCGAUGAAGCAGAAGAAUAUUUCAAUACCAUGUUGAAAUACUCGGCGACCUGUCAUGCAGAUUUGGCUGUGUGGUAUUCCGUUUCGAAAAUACUUCAGGAAAACUCUCAACAACAACAAAAUCAAUGUCAGCAUCAUCGUUCAACCAGGUCAUAUUCAAUACUUUUUCAAACAUUGAAGAAAAAGAUUGAAUCUUUUAAUUUGAGAAAUUAUUUGAAUUUUGUUCCGGUCAAACUAUUUAACAAACAAGAUGAUAUCAACAAAGAACUUGUAUUAAGGUGGAUUUGUGCAUGUACUAUUUUGCAAACUCUUUCCACUGAACAAGCGCAUCAACAACACCAUCAACGAAAGAGCUUGUGUGAUUUCACAGAAAUUACAAAUUACUACUUUUCAAAUGUCAUUGGAAAAGGACACAAUAUUUUAAUGACAGAAAAUUCAUUUCAAUCACACGAUUUUCAUUUCUUAUGGAAUGGAAUAUUGGAUGCUUUACAUAGUCAUCAGAUUACACAGACAAGCAUUCGAGGUAGCAAAUAUGCACUAAUAGACAGGUCUCAAUUUUUUUCAAACAUUGACAAAUAUAUUCUUAAUAAUGACAAGAUGUCAAGUUGCGAGAACUUUAGAACUUAUCUUUCAAUUUUGAUGAAACUCUAUUUUACUGUUUCCUCAUUUUCUACGUUUCAAAACUUGAACAGAAAGCUCUUAAGGUUACUUUAUUUGGUAAAUGCAACGACUGAUAUGAUAAAAAUAUUAACCAUCACUGAAUGCGAACAGAAUAGAGCAACAGAAGAAAAUAGUGCAUUUUUCAAUGUUCGCCAUUCCAUGAUAUUCCAACUAUUGAUCAACAGCACAAGUAUUAACAAGUUAAUUGUCAAUUCUAUUGAACAAGCUCAGCUGUAUGAAAUCAAUCACAAACCAUGUGUUCAAAAGUUCAACCCUGUGAAUGACAAAAUGAUUGCAAAUUCUCGUCAAUUAUUCACACAUGUGUUGAAAAAUUUUGUGACAAAUGUUGAUUGUGUAUUUCCAACGAGUUUGAGAGAGUUAUUCGCAACUAUGGCAUGUGUGAGGCUAGAUUUUAAUUAA